UACUGGUCAAUGCUAACACACUCAAAAUGUAGUCGUCGAGCUUAGCUUUCGCCAACCAGCACCGCCAGCCGACAAGACCAAUGGAACCUCACAGAUCCGCUCGAUAUACUUAGGAUGGACAGGCAUGCAGAGUCAGACCAGACUGGCUCCAAUCGUCUCGAGGAAUGGCAUACAAGGCACAAGAGGGAAUGCUGCUAGACAAGAUCAGGAUAUCGCUACUGUCGAGGUCGACUCAACACUAGCAAGAGUCUUGGGCAUAAGCGAUGGCAUGAAAGUUGGUGUGAAUCUGCAUAUUGAUCCUCCACAGGCGCAUACCGUCAACAUCGAGCCCCUGACGCCGACCGACUGGGAUAUCAUCGAGCUGCACGCCCGCUUCCUAGAGACGAACUUCUUGUCGCAAGUUCGCGCCCUACCCAACCCUGCCUUCUCGGCUUCUCAGUCGCAACGACACCCUUUGACGCUACAUCUUACCCCCACCUCUUCAGCGAACAUUCUAGUCACAACGUUGAGUCCCGCUCCGCCAUCGACCCAACCGUUCGUCAAAAUCUCGCCUGACGCCGAAGUCAUCGUUGCGCCCAAGACUCGCCAACCCCGAAGCUCAGACCGCUCCACUCGGAGUGUCGCUAGCACAAGCAGAAAGAGCGUCGGAGGAAGAAGUACUGCCAGUACUGUGAGACACCCUGCUACACGAGACGAAGCUCCUGCACGUCCUCCUCUCUUCCUCAGAGGCGUCGAUCGUGCCAUAGCUGCCGAGUACUUCGAUGAGGAGGACGCGAAUGACAAUGAUAAGGGUCUGCGGAUAUGGAUAGACAGCGACCAUCUACUUUCCAAGAGCUUAAAAGGUGUCACCUGGGUCGCGGUCUCGAUCGUUAGGCCAGCAAGCUUGGAGGAGCCCAUCGAUCCUCAGAAGCAGGCUAUGGACGCCGAGAAGCCCGCUUCUAAGAUCGUUGCUAGACUAUGCGCCUGGAAUGAUGCUCCCGACAGUCAACACGCCGCUUUGUCUUCUUUGCUACGUGUAGCGAUGGCUUCUUCCGGACUAGUAGGCGGUAUAGUCAGAAUUGAGGCUGCUCCUACACAGCUACCAAGAACAACUUCAGCCCUAAAGAAAGAGUCUAAGGAGAAAGAGGUCAUCGUUAAGAACCUGCGGGUCUUUCCUUUUGGCACCGCGCUUUCAAACGGUCUGAAAUUUGGUGGUGAAUCGGCUGCCGAGAAAGAGGCCGCUUCACGUAAGCUAAAAUCUAUCUUCGGCGAUAGUCAAGAUGGCUCUGGCCUUCUUGAAGGCCCUCUGACAGAUGGUAUGAUUCUGCCAGCAGAAGCCGGUAAGGGUAAAGAUCAUGCUUGGCCAGGCGGUAUUCUACGAUUUGACCCUUCACCUAGUAGCACAGAGGAACAUCCUUUGAAAAAGCCUGCAGAUUGGCUGAUGGGUUCUGAGCGAAAGUUGACAAUCGAAGUGCAGCCAGAAAUUGCAAAGCCUUCAGAUCUAACGCGAGGAACUCCUGGUCAUGAGAUACCAAGGUCACCAACAGAAAUGGUCGGGAUUGAAACCUUGACAGCCGAGCUGCAGAGCCACCUUCUACAUUCGUCGUCGAUUUUGCUCACCGGUGGGCUGGGGUCUGGAAAAACGUCUCUCACACAUCUCCUUGCCAACAGGCUUCGGAAAGAGCAUCUGUUCAACGUCACAUAUUUCUCCUGCCGGACUCUCGUUACCGAUGAGACACGCGUGUCUACUAUUAAAGAAAAGCUACAGAAGAUCUUUGGCGCUGGAGCAUGGGGCGCUAGACUUGGCGGUCGCUCUUUAGUCGUGCUUGACGACAUUGACAAGCUAUGCCCUGUGGAGACGGAGCUUCAGGUCGGAAACGAUAAUGGUCGUAGCAGACAAGUCAGUGAGCUCCUUUGCUCUAUCGCAAGGCAGUACUGUUCUAGAGAUACUGGGGUGGUGUUAUUGGCCACCGCACAAGCAAAGGAGUCCGUCAACAACGUCGUUAUCGGAGGUCAUGUUGUACGCGACAUUCUGACGCUAAAAGCGCCUAACAAAGAUGGCAGACGCAAAGUUCUCGAGCUUCUGGUAGGCCAGCGAGACGUCCAACAACAACCGAAGCACUCUAGGUCCCAAAGUGAUGGUGCAGCUUGGAUGGGCGGUUCGGAGUCAGGAGACCAGACGAAUGGUGCACAAGGAUUCGAGGUAGAUCCUUCAAUAGACUUUCUGGAUGUCGCUGGACAGACAGAUGGAUACAUGCCUGGAGAUCUCACAUCACUUGUCUCGAGGGCACAAAACGAAGCUCUUAUCCGAAGUGUAUCGGAAGAUGCUGAAGAUCCACGAGUCUCAUUAACGAGAGAAGACUUUACAGCUGCACUGAAAGGCUUUACUCCGGCUUCUUUGCGUGGCGUCACCUUGCAAACAUCCACAACAACGUGGUCGUCGAUUGGUGGUUUGCAAGAAACCAGGCAAAUUUUGCUGGAGACGCUGCAGUACCCAACAACAUAUGCUCCAAUCUUCGCACAAUGCCCUCUACGCCUACGAUCUGGUCUGCUACUAUAUGGCUAUCCCGGAUGCGGUAAGACGUUACUCGCAUCCGCGGUAGCAGGCGAGUGCGGUCUCAACUUCAUCUCAGUCAAGGGACCGGAGAUUCUGAACAAGUACAUCGGUGCUUCUGAAAAGAGUGUCCGUGAUUUGUUCGACAGAGCAGAAGCCGCACGUCCUUGUGUCCUCUUUUUCGACGAGUUCGACAGUAUUGCGCCUAAAAGAGGUCACGAUAGCACAGGUGUUACUGAUCGUGUUGUCAACCAGCUGCUUACUCAGAUGGAUGGUGCAGAGGGUCUUUCAGGUGUGUAUGUCCUCGCUGCCACCAGUCGACCUGAUCUCAUCGAUCCUGCUCUUCUUCGUCCCGGUCGCCUGGAUAAAAGUCUCCUGUGCGACAUGCCCAAUACAGAAGACCGCCUCGACAUCCUUCGUGCCGUAACCGGCCAACUCAAGAUCGAGUCAAGCAUCCUCGACUCCUCAAACGAAUCCCAAAGUCUACACGAAAUAGCACGACAGACACAAGGCUACUCAGGCGCAGAUCUACAAGCAGUAAUGUACAACGCCCAUCUCGAAGCCAUCCACGACGUCCUCGGACCCACAGAAGACCUCGGCAACUCCAACGACAAAUCCUCCUCGUCCUCACGAUCGAAAUCCAAAUACCGUGAUUUCACCUACUUCCGCUACGGCGACGAAACUUUGGGAAAAUCUACCUCUUCAAAACCCACACCGGCUUCCCUCGCCGAACGCGCCUCUAUAUCUGCAAAACUCGCGUCUAUGGAACAAGCACGUAAACGCUCAAAAGCCGGAUCCUCUGCUACUGCUACAAAUGGAGUGUCAGAGAAAGAAGAGGCAGGAUCGCAAGAACCGGUCAUCUCUUGGAGACAUAUUGUCAAGAGUCUGGAGCAGACCAGACCCAGUAUUUCCAAAGCCGAUCAGAGGAGAUUGAGUGGCAUCUACAGAGAGUUUGUCGUAGGAAGGAACGGCGAGAUGGCUGAUGGGGAGGCCGGCACCGAGAUCGGGGGAAGAUCGACAUUGAUGUAAAAUGUGUAAAGUAGCAUGGAAACACCGAGACCAAUACGUAUUCAUUGACCAUGAAGAGCCAUGACUCGAUCUUGUCUUCCCUCUAUGCUGGGCUAUCCGGGGCUGAAAUUCGCAUCGUCGUCUUGUCUAUCUCAUCUCUUCAAAUAAGAAAA